GAAAAUAAAGCCGUUUUGUCACAUGUAUUUCCACAUGACGUCUUGAGAUUCAGCUAAACAUGACUGCCCUUUCUUCAGGAAACUGCUCUGCUCUGUACCAGUUACAUCACACAUACCAGCCCCUGGAAGCGAACUGUCUGCUCUUAUUGAUCAUACUAGGGAAAAUACUGUUAAACACCCUCACACUAGGAAUGAGAAGAAAAAGCACCCAAGAAAACCUUAUGGGAUGCUUUUGUAUUUCUGUAGCACUUGUUGACCUUCUACUUUUGAUAAACAUUUCCAUUAUAUCCUAUUUCAGGGAUUUUGUACUUUUGGGCAUUCGGUUUACUAAGUACCACAUCUGCCUGUUUACUCAAAUUGUUUCCUUUACUUACGGUUUUUUGCAUUACCCCGUUUUCCUGACAGCUUGCAUAGACUAUUGCCUGCAUUUUUCUAAAACCACCACACUGUCAUUUAAAUGUCAAAAGUUACUUUAUUUCUUUGUAGUACUUAUAACUUGGACUGCAGUCCUGGCUUACGUUUUGGGAGAGCCAUCCAUCUACCGCAGCCUAAAGACACAGAAAGGCUUUUCUUACCAGUGUCCUUUCUACAUCAGCCAUCAGAGCCACUGGUUGUCGUUUGCCAUGAUGCUGGUCGUACUUGUGGCCUUUAUAACCUCUUGGUCAGAGGUCAUCACCUUGGUGCAGGCAAUUAGAAUAACUUCCUACAGGAAUGAGACCAUCCUAUAUUUCCCUUUUUUAUCCCACUCUAGCUAUAAUGUGAACUCUAAGAAAACGCUCUUGCCUAAGCUCCUUGUCUGUUUUCUCGGGACCUGGCUACCAUUUGUACUACUUCAAGGAAUCAUCCUUUUACUGAAAGUACAGAUACCAGCCUAUAUAGAUCUGAACAUUCCCUGGUUGUACUUUGUCAACAGUUUUCUCAUUGCUACAGUUUACUGGUUUAAUUGUCACAAGCUUAAUUUAAGAGAUGUCGCAUUGCCUGUAGAUCCAUUUGUCGAUUGGAAAUGCUGCUUUAUUCCACUUACAGUUCAUCAUUUUGAGCAAACUGAAAAACCUGUAGCAAUAAUCACAUGCUAAUGUGUUGACAGGUUGGAACUUAAGACUACGCAAGGAUUAUAAUUUUACAAAAGGAAAAGAAUGGCAACUUUGGACAUAACCAAAAAUAUAAACUGAAGCUUUCUGCUCUCCCUUUCGUAGUUUUUCUGGAUGAUUCCUUUGAGGUUGAUAUUAUUUAUUCAGUAGUAUUUUCUUUCAAAAACACAACUCCAGGAGACUUCUAUACUAACUUAUUUACUCAAAAAUCAAACAACUUUUGGACAUACCAAUGUCUAUGUAUCCAAAAAAAAUCUAUAAGGCACAAAAUGUUGUGUAAAAUUAAAAUGUCACUGCCAACUUUGAUACAAAGUUAAAUAAACCUUUGAUCAAAUUCA